CCCUUUGACUCACCUAUUUUUUUUUUUGUUGUUGUUUGUGACGCGGUCCAAUGGCUCCGUCAGCUUGACAGUUGACCAAGUCUAUGUUUGUCGUUGAAACGCGCUUUUUGGUGUCUGUGCUCAUGGAAUAUACUGUGCCGUGAACGAGACAGAUAGAAAAGAGGGUGGAAAACUAGUUAGCAUCAGUCGCUGGUCAUUCGCAGGACCAGAUUACAUUUGUUAGCCUAGCAUUUGCCUAGCAUACUGUAACGUUAUGACGUGACGUCGGACAGGAAAGUGGUUGUUUGACGACGCCUGGGCCCAGUCUUUUAUAUUGUAAGAUAAAUCUGGAGAAGGCAGUAUACAGGGAGGCCAGCGCAUGUGUGUAGCGCUUCCAUUGGCAGGUUAGGCUUUUAGACACCUGCCUGGCGACUAACUUUGACGAGCUAGCGAGCUAAAUUAAUGUUAGCAUGGCGUCAGAUACAAGUGACACCGAGGAAUUCUAUGAUGCUCCUGAGGACGUUAAUUUUACUCCAUCUCCAAAAGUGUCACCUGCAAAGUUUGUCAUUCCUUCGCCUCAGCUUUCACAGAGAUCAGUAAAUGCUGCACAAGAUGUGAGUGGCAGAGUGGCUGCAUCUGAAAGUCAGCAAGAUGAUUCCUUACUGAUCAUCGAUAGCAUCAUUGAGGAGAGUCAAAAGGGAAGUGUUGGUGAGGUGGUUCAGCUGUUAGAUCAACUACAUGUUGAUGUACGAGCAGAGCCAGAGCCACAGGAAGAUAAUAAUGCUCAGGAAGUUCCUGCUGAGGUUGCAGCACCAGCUCUCAAACCUCAACUUGCUGAGAGGCCAGAGGAACAACAGGAAAGUGUGUUGACAAACGGAGCAUGCUCUAUACCUGCACCUGAACCCACAGAUCGCCCGGGACCAUCAGUUGGGUCACAAGAAGGUGUUCAGCCCCCAGACAUCACCAGCACUGUUGGCCAGAGUCAGCCUGUUGGGGUUGUUGCAGUUGCAGGGGGGGAACAGGAGCAGAGGCGGGCAGAUAUCUUCGACCAGGUCCCAUUCACAGACAGUCAGGUGGACUCAGACUCCUCUGGGCCUGUGAAACCCCCACGGCAAUUCACGGUGGAACCAGACAUUGUAGCCAGCACCAAAAAGCCUCCUCCCUCACGCCCACCCCCUCCCAGUGGAGGUCCUCCACCGAGACCGCCUCCCCCAUCUUGGCAGAGCCUACCAUCUAAGAAGUCCCAAGAGUGUCUGAGGCUGAGUGGACUGGAAGUAAGCGGUGAUACUCUGGAGCCCUCUGGCCUGGUGUCCCCUAGCAGCACAGUGAGGAGUUUAACCAAAGAGUUGCAGCAUUCCCUGGAUCUGGCCAGCGCCACCAGUGGGGACAAGGUGGUAACAGCACAGGAAAAUGAGGAGGAACAGGCCUCAUCUCAGAGUGGAGUACAAACUCCAGGCCCUCAGCGUCCACGUUCUAACUCAGGGAGAGAGCUAACUGAUGAAGAAAUCCUGGCCAGUGUGAUGAUCAAGAAUCUGGAUACUGGUGAAGAGAUCCCUCUAAUCCAGGCAGAGGAGAAACUUCCUGCAGGGAUCAACCCCCUCACUCUGCACAUCAUGAGGAGGACCAAGGAAUACAUUACUAAUGAUGCUGCACAGUCAGAUGAUGAUGACAAGACUCCUGCUCCACUGGCAGACACAGAUGGAGGAAAACUGAAACAGAAAACAACCCAGUUUAAGAAAUUCCUGGGCAAGUCUGUGAAGAAAGCCAAGCAUCUUGCUGAGGAAUAUGGAGAGAAGGCGGUCAACAAAGUGAAAAGUGUGCGUGAUGAAGUGUUCCAUACAGAUCAGGAUGAUCCGUCAUCGAGUGACGAUGAGGGCAUGCCUUACACCAGGCCUGCCAAGUUCAAGGCAGCACACAGCUUCAAGGGUCCCUUUGACUUUGAUCAGAUUAAGGUUGUGCAGGACCUGAGUGGAGAGCACAUGGGAGCUGUUUGGACAAUGAAGUUCUCUCACUGUGGGAGGCUGCUGGCAACUGCAGGCCAAGAUAAUGUGGUCCGCAUUUGGGUCCUGAAGACUGCCUUUGACUACUUCAAUAACAUGAGAUUAAAGUACAACACUGAAGGUCGAGUUUCACCUUCUCCUUCUCAGGAAAGUUUAUGCUCCUCUAAAUCGGAUGAUCCUGGCGCAAGUUGUACUGCAGAGGACCCAGAGACAGAAGACAGGAAUGCCCCUUUCCGUCAAGUCCCUUUCUGCAAGUAUAAAGGUCACACAGCUGACCUUUUGGACUUGUCCUGGUCAAAGAACUUUUUCCUCCUCUCCUCCUCCAUGGAUAAAACAGUCAGAUUGUGGCACAUAUCCAGGAGAGAGUGUCUCUGCUGUUUUCAGCACAUUGACUUCGUCACAGCCAUUGCCUUCCAUCCCAGAGAUGACAGAUACUUUUUAAGUGGCUCUCUGGAUGGAAAGCUACGGCUCUGGAACAUUCCAGAUAAGAAGGUGGCGCUGUGGAAUGAGGUGGAUGGACAGACACGCCUCAUCACCGCAGCUAACUUCUGCCAAAAUGGGAAGUAUGCCGUUAUUGGCACCUACGAUGGCCGAUGCAUCUUCUAUGACACGGAGCGCCUGAAGUACCACACUCAAAUUCAUGUGAGGUCCACCAGAGGCAGAAACAAAGUAGGACGCAAAAUAACUGGUAUUGAACCUCUACCUGGAGAGAAUAAGAUUUUGGUGACCUCAAACGAUUCCCGCAUUCGUCUUUACGACCUGAGGGACUUGUCUUUGUCCAUGAAAUACAAAGGUUAUGUUAACAGCAGCAGCCAGAUCAAGGCGAGCUUCAGUCAUGACUACUCCUUCAUAGUCAGUGGCUCAGAGGAUAAGUACGUGUACAUCUGGAGCACUUAUCACGACCUGAGCAAGUUCACAUCUGUACGACGGGACCGCAAUGACUUCUGGGAAGGGAUUAAAGCACACAAUGCAGUGGUCACCUCAGCGAUUUUUGCACCCCACCCCGGCCUUAUUGUUCCACAAGAAGCUGGAGCAGAGAAACCAGAAGCAGAGUGCAAGAGCCUGGACUCCACAGACUCUGAAACGAUACCCUCAGGAGCCCUGAAGACAGAUCACACAGAGGUUCUACUCUCUGCUGACUUCACCGGAGCCAUCAAGGUUUUCAUCAAUGUAAAAAAGUACUGAGCACUUGAGAGGUUGUCAGCUCCUCACAUUCAGGCCUGUCUGUCAGAGAUCAGUCGAAAAGAUAAAUGACAGCCUGUCAGGGGGCAUCUUGCGUCAGCCAACUACCUAAUGGCUAUUGCUCUGAGACAAGGCCGUCUGUAGCUUUUUCGGGAGAACAGGGACCCUAAAAUGGAAGAUGAGGGAAUAGGUGGAAGAACUGUACAAAACAGACAAGGUGUGAUUUUCUGUCACAUUUCUAUUUUUUAUCUUUAAUACCAAGCAACUGUGAAUGGUUUGGCAUUAAGAAAAAAAGAGCCAGGAUGCCAAGUGUGCGUGGUUUGAGCAGGAACUAAAUCUGUUCACAUAUCUGUGUAAAUUUAUGGCUGUAGGGUCAAGGCUGAGUACAGCUACAAGGCUCUUUGUAACAGUACGGGCACCUUACUAGUUUGUUUUGCUCCCACAUUUCAGAAAAAUUUUAUUUCUUAAGAAGUGCAAGACACUGUCCUAAUGUCAGUCACAGUUUAAUGUGUCAUGUGUAAAGAGGUGUAAUCAUUUGUCUUGAAAGCAAGGUGGUGUGAAAUGUUAUUUACAAAUUAUUUUUGUCCACAAAAUCUAGAUUGCUUUUUAAAGUUCAAUCUGAAGCUUUUCUCUAAGAUAUCAAACAUUUCAGCAGAUGACAGGAAAUCUGUAUAUGGUUAUUAACAAUUAGGGCUGGGUAUUUUCUUUUCUUUUUUUUUUUUUUUUUUAGAAAUAAUACUGGCUCUUAAGUACUUUUGAUAAAUUGUUUUGUUCAAUGAAAGUAUGUUAUAUAAAACAGUAUUGUAAAUUUAGUGUUUAACAUUGCAUACUUACAGCUUUUGUAAACAGAACCAAAUGAUGCUAUAUUAAUUUCCUCAAUAAAAAUCCCCAGAAACUUGAA